AUGUUGUUGCCCAUGUUGCCCAUGUUGAAUUUGUACGUGGCGAGGAACCGCCGGCUCCUGGAGGAUUUCUGUGUCCGGAUGAAGGAGCUCUUCUGCCUGGGCCUGAUCGCCUUGCUGGGACACUGCGCCCUGACCCUGCAGAGCCAGGAGGAAGAGCAGGACAAGAUCCAAGAGUGGAGCAGCAAAAUACAAGAAGUGGAGUCCAGGAUGAAGACCACCAUCGACUCCUGCGUCGCUGCGUUCCCAGAACAAGCCAAGCUAGACGUGCAGCACCUCCUGCAGGAGAAAGAGGAGGAGAGUCUGCAGGACACGAGCCAGCAGGUCCUCCAGCUCCUGGUGAAGAAAUACGACUGGGUGUGCUGGUCGGUGCGCCUCAUCAACCACUCGGGCAGCGCCUACAGGAACCUCCGAGCAGGGAAGCACUUCCAUCACGUGGCCGGUCAGAACUGGUUCGAGGUGCUGCAGGUGAACAACAUCAACCUGGUGGUGUCGUACAGCACCAAGCCCCAGCCGGUGCCUCGGGACCGCCUCCUGCAGCUGAUGGAGGCGCAGGGGAGGCGGGGCAACGCUCCGGAGGUGGUGGAGGUGUUGGAGAAGCAGCUGUGCGGCUUCGUCGUGCACGCCGUCAGUCGUCACAAAGAGUCGGCGGCAGCCUGGAGUUUUCCGGAGGAGUGCCACUACUGGGAACGCCACAAGAACGUGGCGGUGUGUGUGCACUCUGAGUAAAGCUGCAGGGGGCGGGGCUUAAACAAGAAGGUCUCAGCUGCAGCUUAACUUAAGCUGAAUCCCAUUUCAUCCACUUCCUGCAGUUUGUGUGUUUAUAUCAAAUAAAGAUGUUCCAGAUUGUGAUAAUAUA